AGUGACCCCCUGGAGCUCCUGGUGGCAGUUGAGGGGCCAGCGGGACUGCUCAGAGACAGACCCUCCCUCUCGGCAAGGCCGGGCCCCUCGGUGGCCCCAGGGGAGAAAGUGACCCUGCUGUGUCAGUCAGGAAACAGGACGGACAGUUUCCUUCUGUCCCAGGAGGGGGCAGCUCAUCGCCCCCUGCGUCUGUGCGCCCAGGACCAAGACGGGCGGUUCCAGGCCGAGUUCUCCUUGAGUCCUGUGAGCUCGGCCCACGGGGGCACCUACAGGUGCUAUCGCGCACUCAGCACAGAGCCCUACCUGCUGUCACAGCCCAGUGAGCCCCUGGUGCUCCUGGUCUCAGGAGGUUCAGAGGAUCAGCCUGCCCCUCAGUGGACUCAGGAACUGCAGAGUAAGAGUGAGGGUCUUGGGGAGGUGGUCGAGGGUCCCGGGGACAGGCUGAAUCUGCCCCCGGUUCAGGCGCCUCUGGAGACUCUGAUGAGGACCCCCUCACCCUCACCACGCCCGGGCGUGGGCCUCAGCUUCUCCCAGAGCCUCACCUGGUACCCGAGUGUCCUCAUCGGGGCCUCGGUGACCUUCGUCCUGCUGCUCCUGGUCCUCCUCUUCCUAUUCCUCCGACACCGGGGUCGGGACAGACGCAGGAACUCGGGGGCCGCAGACCAAGGGCCUGAGGACAGAGGCCCGCAGAGCAGCUCCAGCCCAGCCACGGACACCCAGGACCAGGCCAUCUAUGCUGCCGUGAGCGACGCACAGUCUGAGGUGGGGCUGCAGCUGGACCACCGGGCUGCCACAUCCGAAGACCCCCAGGAUGUGACCUACGCCCAGCUGAACCACUCGACUGUCAGAAGGGGGAUGGCCGCACCCCCCGGCCCCCCGUUGGGGGAACCCCCAGCAGAGCCCAGUGAGUACGCUGCUCUCACCAUUCGCUAG